CACCACGAAAAAAAAAGGACAUCGAUUUUGCGUUGUCAUCACCAAUCGGUCGCAUUACCAACGCAGAUUCGAUGACUUCCAAUCAGCAGACUCCCGCGGGCGUGCCGCCCUCGCGCGAAGUGAUUGCCUUGUCCGAGGACACGGCCAGGACUACUGGCAUUGCCGCUGGAGAAGCUGCGGCUGCUGGUUCUGCCUCUCGAAGGGGCACUGGUAGCUUCGCCUCUGGCCGCAGUGAUGUCGGACCGCCGUCCCGUCGAUCCCGAAAGCGCCAGCGCAGGGAUGUCGAAGACUUUAGGCUGACAGCGCAGUCGGGGGUCACGGCGAGCUUGGACGACGUCAAGUGGAACCCCAAGAGAGUCCACGUCGACCCGGGUAGCCAGCGACUGGAGAACUUCGUUGAACACAAGGUGUUCUCCCGGUAUGAAGGCCCGGGUAAGCCCCAGAUUCUGGAGGCUAGCACCGGGGAGGUCAAUUGGUACGCCAAGGACCCCAAUCGCCCCGGGGCCUCCUACGUCAUGAAGUGGGUGGCAGACGAUGAUGACAGAACCGACCAUCCUCUGCUGAAUACACUGCGGGACAUUUGCAAAAGGCACAAUGCCCCAGUUGUCAACAUGCACGUGGAGUGUCUCCCGCUCCAGACAGCCCGAGAUCAUCGGGUCCUCGUGCGUGGCCCCGAUCAGGCCGCCUCGCAGGCUCCUGCUCGAAAGAUACUGGCUCCUGUUCCGCGGAAGAAGCAGCAAGACGCAGAUACGACCAUGGUCCCUGUUGACACCGCGCCGUCAGCCGGAUCCGGCGGUACUCCCCGGUGCGGCAACUGCGGUAGAAGCGGACACAAAGUCAAAGACUGCUGGUGCCCGUGUUACCACUAUGGCAGCAUAAAGGCUUGUGGCGUCUGCAACAGCAAUUCGCAUUUCUCCGAUAAAUGCCCAAAGCUGGCCGGGGCCAACAAGGACUCCAAGAAAUAUUGGUUGGACCUGUUCGAACUCUUCUACAAGCCCCGCGUUAACAAGCCUCAGUUGCGCAGCGCCCAGGUCACAUUCUUCCAAGUGCUAGAGUACGCGGAGGGGGAGGAUUGGCUUCCUGAUGGCAUGCUCGAGCAGGUCAUCCCUUACCCGUGGACCAAUGAGUUUGCGAUUUCCAUCGCAAAGUCGAAGCCUGGUGAUGCCAUCCUGCGGGGUAGGCUUCACCCUUCACAAUUCGACCCUCAGGUGCAUAACGCUCUUGAACACUUGCCCGUCGAUCCGAGGUUCGAGGGCAAGACUUUGAUGCAAGUCGUCUACCUGACUUGCCAGGGCAGGUUUGCGGACCAGAAAUUUAUAACGGAACAAAAGGCGAUGGGCUGAGAAGGUUGCUGCCGCCAACUAGGUCAAGGAAGCGAGGAUCGCGGGGAUUAUGAGGAGAUGUUGAGGAUAGCUGGUGCCGUCGAGUCAGUAGUCGAGGAAGGAGGAUACAAAUGCAACGUGGGUAGGGGAUGCACGCAAAAUACCCAGACUUGUGC